UGGCGCGCAUGCGCUCAAAGGGAGCCGGUCGCAGGCCGAGACGGUGGCCGAGAGGGCACGGGAGCAGGACGGUGGCCGACGAGGUCGGGGAUGGAGCACCUGGAGCGUUGCGCGUGGUUCCUCCGGGGGACGCUGGUGCGGGCGGCUGUGAGGCGCUACCUGCCCUGGGCGCUGGUGGCUUCCAUGCUGGGGGGCUCCCUUCUCAAGGAGCUCUCUCCGCUGCCCGAGAGCUACCUGAGUAACAAGCGCAACAUCCUCAACGUGUAUUUUGUCAAAAUGGCCUGGGCCUGGACGUUCUGUCUCCUCCUGCCUUUCAUUGCUCUCACCAACUACCACCUGACAGGCAGAGCGGGCCUGGUCCUGAGGCGGUUGAGCACCCUGUUGGUGGGCACGGCCAUCUGGUAUGUCUGCACAGCCCUCUUCUCCAACAUCGAACACUACACAGGCAGCUGCUACCACUCGCCAGCUCUGGAGAGGGUCAGAAAGGAGUACCAGAGUAAGCAGCAGUGCCACCGGGAAGGAGGCUUUUGGCACGGCUUCGACAUCUCAGGCCACUCCUUCUUGCUGACCUUCUGCGCCCUCAUGAUUGUGGAGGAGAUGUCUGUGCUGCAUGAGGUGAAGACAGAACGAAGCCACCGCCUGCACACGGUCAUCACCACCCUGGUCGUCGCCCUGGGCUUCCUGACUUGCAUUUGGGUAUUGAUGUUUCUGUGCACAGCUGUGUAUUUCCACGACUUGUCCCAGAAAGUAUUUGGCACCUUGUUCGGUUUGCUGGGCUGGUAUGGAACAUACGGGUUUUGGUAUCUGAAAUCCUUUUCCCCAGGACUUCCUCCCCAGAGCUCUACUGUGAAUUUGAAGCAAGAGAGUUACAAGAAAUAAAGUAGAGGACAAAAGGGCGGACAGCCGGACGGUGACGGAUAAAUUUAUCAUUUCUUUUCGCUUAGUUAUUUGGCUAAAUUAUUGACCCUACUUUAGAGGGGAAAGCUUACCAGGCAGUUUGGGUUGGGUUGUGGUGAAAUCUGGGGAGUGACUUUAGUCCCCAGGCUAUUCUUGGCAACAUCAUCUGUGUCACAAUCACCACCACUCUCAGUCAGGCACUUUUGGAUCCUGGUGAGACUUGACCUUAAUCUGGAACAACGCUUUGGUCCCUGGAGGGGAGAGCUAAGCCUCAGGGAAAGGACAGGAUCAGGAAAGCCCCUGUCGUGUGGCCUCAGGAUUCUCCUGCACUUUCUUCCUGAUCCUAGUUGCCCUGUAAGUUUAAUGGCUCUUAACAGUUGUUAUCUAACAGCCUUUCUCUCUGACCGAUUUUGCAUAAGCAUUUAUUUCUGGCAAGAGUCUGAAACACCAAACCACUGAAAGACACUCUUUUGUUGUAGUAUUUGUUUCAUUCCUUGAAUGUUAUCUAUUACAAAUGGCCACAGAACAGGCCCCUUAAAUGGCGGCGCCUGCCUCUGUUGGAUGAUUCUUAUGGAAAUGAACAAGGAUGUUUUCUGUCUGUUGUCCGUUAUUCUAUGUUGGUUUUUGGAGCGAUAAGGUAAUCUUUUUUUUCUUCUAUUUUGAGCAAAUACUUUAUAUGAUUUUAAUAACAACUAUGGCAUUUGGUCUUUGUUGACAAAACUCCUGAAAACAACAGACAACUCCAGUGCUGCACUUAGGCACACGCAGAUUGCUCUAAGGUGUUUUUGUUGUCGUUUGUUUUUGUAGAACACUAAGUUACUUUUUAUAAGCCAAACUCUGCCCUUAUAGUAUUAAAUUCCACCUCACGGGGCUGUUUUCUCUGUUAAGAAUAAAACUAGGAAGCAGUCAUUUUAAUAAAAGCCUCAUGAAUUUUAAGCUGAGUCAAAAUAAUUUUGCAGAAUACGUAUUUGCACUGAACCCUUCCUGACCACAGAUGAGUGCUACAGACUGAACAGUGCUUCAGGAUCCUGUGCUGAGUGCCUUGAUCACUCUGCUUUGGCCCAGGGUGUUCUUACCUUUUGGACGAGAUUAUGGUAAUUCAGAAGUGAAGUAAAAUGCCUCCCUCUGAUGGCAAAAGGCCAACCGGUUUGCAAAAUCCUCAUUAUUAAUAAAUGGUGGUGUGACUUUGGUCCCUCCCUCUUCUUGCCUCACCAACUAGACUGAACCAAAGGUGGCCCUGUUCAUCUGGCCUAGAAAUCAGUUCACUUUUUCUUUCUUCUUUCAGACUCCUCAGUUCCCAGCCUUGUCAUUCUGUGGCCUUUGCUGUGAGAGUGAAGGAUCAGAGUCUCACUUUGUUGCCCUUGGUAGAGUGCUGUCGCAUCAUAG